UCCCUCUGGGUCCCCCUGGUGUCCCUCCGGCUCCCCCGUCCCUGUGGUCCCCGGCCGCCCCCAACCCCCGCCGUCCCGCAGCGCUCGUCGCGGCGCUCGCUGUUCGUGGCGGCGGCGGCGCGGCACCAGCAGUUGUACCGCCUGGCCAUGACGGGCGCCGGCAUCGACCGCCACCUCUUCUGCCUCUACGUGGCGUCGCGGUACCUCGGCGUGCGGUCCGCCUUCCUCGAUCACGUGAGCGGCGGGGGGGGCGGGGGGGCGAUGGGGGGUGAUGGGG